AUAUUUAUAUAUAUAUAAUAUUUACAUUAACAUUCAGUCCAUGCAUGGAUGAUUCAUGAGAUGAGAUGGGGGGUUAUGGUAGUAUUUGUGUAGUUGAUGUGUUUGUUUGUUUGGUGCUUUUGUAAUUCUACACCAAUUCCAUCUCUUUACUCUCCUCUCUCUCUCUCUCUUUCUCUCUCUCUCUCUCUCUCAAUUCCCCUGUCCUGGGUCAUUUUGUGAGCCUCUCCUUCUUCUUCACGCCGCCUCUCUCCCUGACCUUAUUACCAACAACACUUGCACUCUCUUUGCAUUCUCUGAAUUUUCACAGAUAGAGCAUAUUUAUUUGUAUAUCUAAGGAAAAACAGAAAUCCCGAUCGUCUUUUCUGGAAUUUUGUUUAUUGUUGUUGUUUUUGUUUCCCUUUCUUCACUUUUGCCGUGGCUUCAUUGUGAUGCUGACGACUCUGUUACUGAAUUUCUCUGCAGCUUAUGUGUUCCUUGUGGUUUAAAAUUUCUCUGCAUUGAAGGGCUUGUCUGUGGAUCUACGUUGCCUUGAAGACAUUCUUUGUUUGUCAGAAAAAGAAUUCUCAAUAACUUCACACUUUAGAAAAUGGAAGUUGGAAGAACUGAAGUAGACUAUGAUGAAUUUGAGAAGCUUCUUGGAGAGAUACCGAAUGCUACUUCUGGGAAUCCACACUCUGAGGAAGCUGUGUCUAAAACUGUGUCUCUAAAUGAUAGCUUGGCACCCAUUUGUGUGAAUUCCUAUAAGGGGCCUUUGACUGAAAAACUCCAAAGCAGUGCAGGCUUGGAUGAAAGAAAACGAUUAAUUAAUAAAACUCAAGGAUCUCCCAUCAGGAGAGUCCAAUCAGAGGAAGCAAAUCUGCUGGACGUUCAAUCCUUGACAUCUGAUUUUGCAGAUUUGAGCUUCAAUAGCAGUAGUGUCUCAGCAAAUUUUAUAUCACCAAGUCAUGCUGUUUCAUUGGAUUGCAAACUCACAAGCAGCAUGAAGAAUUUGGUCCCCAGCAUGAAUUCAUCAGUCACAGGUGCUCCAUCUUUCCAAUUGCCAAAUUCCAUGCCUUGUGAUUUUGAUGGGUUUAAUGUAUCAAAAAUUGUACAAGAAAGUUCAAAUUUGUUGAAACUUAAUGCUCAAGAACCAAAGCAGAUGCCAAUUGGUUAUUGUCAGCCACAAACAAUUGAAAAUUUCUCUACUGCCUUGCCAAUUGCUCAUGCGGUGCAAGGUUAUCAGUUCCUUUCCAAUGUGGCUGUGCCUGGUGUAGAUUUUCCUUUAAUGUCUGAACAGCGGCCAUACUUUACGGACAUGCAACAUCUGCUUUCUUGCAUGCAUUCACAACCAUUGAACCAGCCUCACAUCAGUUGGAGGAAUAUGGAGGAGGAGCAAUUUUAUAGGAUGCAUCAACAGUACCUGUAUCUGCAGCAGCUGCGUACUCAACGGUUGGAAGCUCAGCAUCCUGUUCAGGGAAAUGGAAAUGUUGCAAUGAAGCUGGUGAAUCGGAAUGUCAGACAACCAUAUUUUGAGGUUCCAAUCUCUCAUCAACUUCAACAAUCUAAUCAAGAACCAUUUUGGAACAAUUAUGCAAUAACCAGGGGUCUGAAUCAAUCGCACAAUGGUAUAAGUGUGUUGGAUAAAUUAGGAAAACAGACUUUUCCUGAAAAAAUUCUGACAAGAUCACAAGGGCUGAACACACUUAAAGCUGUGAAAUAUGGUUCAGUGGGAGGAAAUGAAUCAGUUGCAAAUCUCAAUCAGAGUGGGAAGGUUUUAUCAAAUGGUCACAUCCGCCAUAACUUAUCUACUCCUAGUGCUGGAUGCUUUCAGUUAGAUCACUUGAGCUCAUGGAAUUUGUCUGCUGAGGUUACAGAUCUGAAAAGCACUAAUCUUAGGCCCCAGCCUCAGAAAUAUAAUUCUGUGGAUGAAGUCACUGGCAGAGUAUAUCUAAUGGCGAAAGACCAACAUGGUUGCCGCUUCUUGCAAAGAAAGUUUUCUGAGGGCACUCCACAAGAUGUUGAAAAGAUUUUCCUUGAGGUCAUUGAUCAUAUUGUUGAGCUUAUGACAGACCCUUUCGGGAAUUACCUCGUCCAAAAGUUGCUUGAAGUUUGCAAUGAGGAUCAGCAAAUGCAAAUACUUUGUGCCAUCACUAGAAAGCCUGGGGAACUUGUUAGGAUUUCAUGUGACAUGCAUGGGACUCGGGCUGUUCAGAAGGUAAUUGAAAACCUCAAGACUCCAGAGCAGUUUUGCAUGGUUGUGUCCUCAUUGAAGCCUGGUAUAGUGACUUUGAUAAAAAAUAUGAAUGGUAACCAUGUUGCACAGCGCUGCUUGCAGUAUUUAACACCUGAGUACAGUGAGUUCCUUUUCGAAGCUGCAACUGCUAACUGUGUUGAGCUUGCUACUGAUCGCCAUGGCUGUUGUGUACUUCAAAAAUGCCUUAGCCAUUCAGAGGGUGAGCAAAGGCGCCGCUUAAUAUGCGAGAUAACAUCAAAUGCUCUAAUUCUUUCCCAAGAUCCAUUUGGGAACUAUGUUGUCCAAUUUGUCUUUGAGCUUCGUCUUCCUUGGGCCACAGCUGAUAUUCUUGAUCAGCUGGAAGGCAACUAUGGGGACUUAUCGAUGCAGAAAUAUAGCAGUAAUGUGGUAGAAAAGUGCCUAAAAUCUGCAAGUGAGGAUCGUCGCACUCAUAUUAUCCAAGAGUUGAUAAAUAAUGCUCACUUGGAUCAAAUCAUGCAAGAUCCUUAUGGAAAUUAUGUUAUUCAAGCUGCACUUCAUCGGUCGAAGGGAGCUCUUCAUGCUGCACUGGUAGAGGCCAUAAGACCCCAUGUACCUGUGCUUCGAACUAGUCCAUAUGGGAAGAAGGUCCUGUCUAGUAAUAGCUUGAAGAAAUAAUCUGUAGGGAAAGAAAAGCUCUGAACUUGGCUUUAUGGUUUUGGUAUUUUUGAAGCUUAGACCGGGAAAGAAAAUGGAGAAAAGAUGCCUUUUAACAGCUUAUCCGAAGCGAUGAAAGGGGAAAUUUUGGACGUUUUAUUUAUGCUACUGUUUAAUUCAACUCUGUCCUUAGGACUCUUAAUUCCUAAGAGGCAAAUUCUGCUUAACAUGGGAUCCCUAUGAUUGUAGAUCAGCAAUUUUUGUUUCUCCUCGCUUUUGCAUAGAAUAAAGGAAAUGUGGAAGAUGUAGAGUUCCCAGAGGCUUAAGGGGUUAUUUGUAAUAUGGGUUUUUUUGUGGAUCCAAGCUGAAUGCUUGGUGGGCAACUGCAGGUUGUAAUGGCUUAUAUGAGCUACCUGGUUUUGCAUAUUUGGCAUUCAUUUUUAUGGUGUACAUUUCAUGUUCAUAGAUUGCCAAGACUCGAAUCGUAUUUAUUACAUACAUAUUUAUGAUUCUCUGUCAA